AUGUCGACAGUCCUUGCCGCUAGCCUCGGUGGCGACGAGCUCAUCAAGAAGUACAUCGGUGCUGCUACUUGGAACUUGAUCGAGGACAAGUUCACGCCUUUCGGCAAGGAGACUCUCGUCAAGGUCAUCCGUUUCGUCAUUGACGAAUGUAUCCCUGCAGAGCGUCUCUACCAUGCUCAGGUCUCCACCGACCCGGCUCUGCGAUGGAAGAUCGUCCCCGAAGUCGUCGAGCAGCUAAAGAAGAAGGCCAAGGCUCAGGGUCUCUGGAACCUUUUCCUUUCUGGCAAGCACUACCCUGGUGUCGGCUCUCCUUUGAGCAACUUGGAAUACGCCGUUAUUGCCGAAAUGACCGGUCGAUGCUCUCACUUCGCCUCCGAGUCGCUCAACUGUGCUGCCCCUGACACUGGUAACAUGGAGGUCUUCGCCAAGUACGGUAACCAGCAGCAGAAGGACACAUGGCUUACUCCUUUGCUCAACGGUGAGAUCCGUUCUGCUUUCGCCAUGACUGAGCGUUUCAUCGCUUCCUCGGACGCCACCAACAUCCGCACUUCGAUCCGUCAGGAGGGCAAGGAGAUUGUCAUCAACGGGCACAAGUGGUGGAUCUCGGGUGCUGGCGACCCUCGUUGCGCCGUUCACCUCGUUAUGGGCAAGUCUGACCCGGAAAACAGCAACUCGCACGCACAGCAGUCUCUGGUCAUCGUCCCAGCAAAUGCUCCCGGUGUCAAGGUCAUCCGACCCAUGCAAGUCUUCGGUUACGAUGACGCACCCGAGGGUCACUGCGAGAUCAUCUACGAGAAUGUCCGUGUACCGCUUACCAACCUCGUCCUCGGUUGGGGUCGUGGUUUCGAAAUCAUCCAGGGUCGUCUUGGACCUGGUCGUAUCCACCACUGCAUGCGCACCAUUGGUACUGCCGAACGCGCUCUCGACCUCAUGCUCGCCCGUGCCACCGACCAGCGCAAGCGUGCUUUCGGCAAGACUCUCUCCGAACACGGCACCAUCAUCGCCAACGUCGCUUGGGCUCGCAUCAAGAUCGAACAGUCCCGCUUGCUCGUGCUUUCGGCUGCCAACAUGAUCGACAAAACCAACGCCAAAGGUGCUAUGCGUGAGAUCGGUAUGUCCAAGGUUGCCGUUGUCAACGCUGCAUUGGAGGUGUUGGACAUGUCGAUGCAGGCUCACGGUGCAGAGGGUGUUUCGCAGGACACUAUCCUUGCCUAUGCCUAUGCUCAGUUGCGUACCUUGAGAUAUGCUGACGGUCCUGACGAGGUUCACUUGCAGCAGUUGGGCAAGUUGGAGUUGAGGAGAGCACCUGAAGUUUGGGAUAGGAUCAACAAGACCAAUGCCAUCAGUGAUUCCUUGCUUGCUAAGGCUGGUAUCAAGUCGCACCUUUAA